GGGAUUUUUUUGGGGGGAUUUUUUUGGGGGGUCCCCCCGGGGGGAUUUUAUUUUGGGGGGGGUCCCCCCGCCCCCCGAGGAUGCCGCUGGCCGUGCAGUGGCCGUUCCCGGCGGAGCCGUCGCGGCGCUGGGCCCUGGCGAGCCGCGUGGUCACGGGGCUGGUGGGCACCUACAGCUGCGUGUGGACCCGGUACCUGAACCGGCUGAGGGUUCACAACGCCGAGGUUCUGCACGAGCUGGUGGAGAGGAGGGGUCCUGAGACCCCCCUGCUGACCCUGUCCAACCACGCCUCGUGCAUGGACGACCCCCACCUGUGGGGCUCUCUGAAGCUUCGGCACGUCUGGAACCUGCACAGGAUGCGCUGGACCCCCACCGCCGCUGACAUUUGUUUCACCCGGGAGCUUCACUCGAUUUUCUUCAGCCUGGGGCGCUGUGUGCCCGUGUGCCGAGGGGACGGCGUGUACCAGCGGGGAAUGGAUUUCAUACUGGAGAAACUCAACCAGGGAGACUGGGUGCACGUGUUCCCCGAGGGGAAGGUCAAUCUGGGCCAGGAGGUCGCGAGGUUCAAAUGGGGCAUCGGGCGCCUCCUGGCCGAGUGUCGCCGGGACCCCGUGAUCCUCCCGCUGUGGCACGGGGGGAUGAGCGAUGUCCUCCCCAACUGCCGGCCCUACGUGCCCCGGGUGGGGCAGCACAUCACGGUGGUCGUGGGGCGCCCGUUCAGCGUCCGGCCCCUGCUGGAGCGGCUGCGCCACGAGGGGACCCCCACGGUCCAGCUCCGCAAGGCUCUCACCGAUUUCGUCCAGCGCGAGUUCGAGGCUCUGCGGGGCCACGCCCGGACCCUGCACCCCCCUCCCCAAUAACUGGGGGGUCCCCCUGCCCCAAACCCACCCCAGAACUGGGGCUCACCCCAUAGCAAAACCCUCCUGCCCCAUAACUGGGGGUUUUACCCCAGAAUUUAGGUUUUUUACCCCAUAAUUUGGGUUUUUUACCCCAGAAUUUAAGAGGUUUUGCUCCAUAAUUUGAGGGGUUUUUUACCCCAUGAUUUGGGGUUUUCACCCCAUAAUUUGGGGUCCUGCCCCAUAGCAGGGGGUCCCUGGUGGAGUCCCUGCCCCAUAGAGAGGGGUCCCACCCCACAGGGACCCCCCCCCCAAAUGUGCACGGUGCCAAUAAAAGGUGAAACCUCGAAGGGGUCUCUGAUUUUGGGGUCCUAAAGGGAAUUUUGGGGGUCCCAAGGGGAAUUUUGGGGUCCUAGGGGGAAUUUUGGGGAUGCCAGGAUUGAAUUUUGAGAUCCCAAACCAACCAAGACCCAACCCAAGGAAUUUUUUUUUAAC